AUGACGUGGAAAAUUUCCACCUUCUGCAAAUGGUGCCAGCCAGAGCGGCAGUUUCGGGAAGCACCAGCCAUCGGGCGCUCCAGCCCAGGUCUGCUCCGCACCCCCAGCCCACGCCCUCCUGCCGCCCCUCCGCCCCGGCUGCACCACGUUUCCUGUCAAAACAAACCCUCGCCGGAGGGGGAGGGGACGGCGGAGGCAGAGCCCAGCGCCUGGGAAACCACAGCAACAAACCCCAAACACCAGCUGCAGCCCGGCCCGCCCCGACCCCGGCCCAGUCCCGCUCCGGCCCGGCCGAGGGUGCGGGUGGGGGGAGGGGGAGGGGGAGGAGGUCCCAGUGCUGGAACCCAGGCGGUGGGCAGCCGCUCGCGGAGCGGUCGCUGGCACCGGCCCAGCCAGAAGCCAAACCGCGGCGAAGCGGUCCCCUGCGCGUCCGGGCCCCGACGCCCGCGGCCACCAGGGGCCGGCACCCCACUCUCGCGCGGGGCGGCGAUUCGAGCACAAGCCAUUGGGAUGACAGAAGCCUCCGUCUCAAUGCUUGCCGAAUAGCAACCACCACACAACUGGCAUCAUCGCCCUCAAAACCUCAUACUAGAAACAUCAGCCAAAAAUACCCUGCAAACGUCUGGUGACUCUGAGAGUGACAUGUUACAGCGUUGCUUUGCAGGAACAUAUUAAGUAUUGUUUUCUGCUACAGCGUAACCUGGAGCAGGUGAACAUGAGUCAGGGUAGUUGUCCAGCCUAGCUGGGUGAUCACAGCUUUGAAAGCUCAAGUAUGUGGCUCCCAAAGCCACAAGGAAACAAUUUUUGUCAAAGCAAGUGAGUCAAGCUUCAGCAUGUGGUGGGGGUGACAGCCUUGGGGGAGGUAACAUCAGAGACCUGAGCCAGGACCAAAAGAUGACUCUGCAAAUACGGUCUUCUGUUACUUUGAUGGUAAAUAACUCUGGAUCUCAGUGCCCUUUGGUGAAUUCCCUAACUGCUGUCCGCCUGGCUUGUGUAUGCUUUGAAAAAAAGCAGAGUGCUCCUUUACAAACAACACUUGUGUCUUAUUCAGAGCGCUCAGCAGUCAUCGAAUAAAAUCCUCCCUGGUCAGGUUGUGUUUAUGACUUUCUGGGAGGGAACAAUGUCUGUAAAGGCAACCUCUUUAGCAAGUAAAGUGAUUGGCAUUUUAUUUGAAAAAGAUGUCUUAC